GUUACAUACUAGUGGGCGGAGCUCCAUCAACAGUGUACACGGGAAAUUUUUUAGGUACAAACACAUCUGGCUAGAGGGAACUAUCAAACGUGCAGUAUACACUUCAAGAAGGCAUGAUGAAACCCGAUACGCAGCCCCAAUCCUCAGGGGUCGCGUCUGAAGAACAUGCCAAGUCUGUGGAGCAUGGAUCCUGGGGGCGGGCUUGGAAAGUGGACUUGUUUUCCCUGGUCGCUGUGAUCCUGCUGCUGUGCUUCGCUCCUUUCCUUGUGUUCUUCUUCGUGGUGACGUGUGAGCAGUACCAGUGCUCCAUCAGCCACUGCCUGAUCGAUGUGUUCAGCGGCGACUCUACCCUGCUCUCACUCUGGGACCGAACGCCCUCCUUCUCGUGGACAGCAGCUCAGAUCUACUCCAUUUGGGUGAUGUUCCAGGUUGUGCUGUACAUGUGUUUGCCAGACAUUACUCACAAGUUCUUGCCUGGCUAUGUCGGAGGGGUUCAAGAUGGGGCAAGAACCCCUGCAGGCCUCGUUAAUAAAUACCAGAUAAAUGGGCUUCAGUCCUGGAUCAUCACCCAUGUGCUAUGGCUAGCCAAUGCCCACUACUUCCACUGGUUCUCCCCAACGAUAAUCAUUGACAACUGGAUUCCAUUGCUGUGGUGCACCAACAUCCUGGGUUACUGUGUGUCCACCUUUGUGUUCAUCAAAGCACACCUGUUCCCCACGAAUCCAGAGGACUGCAAAUUUUCUGGAAACAUAUUCUAUGACUACAUGAUGGGAAUUGAGUUUAACCCUCGAAUUGGGCAGUGGUUUGACUUCAAGCUCUUCUUUAAUGGCCGACCUGGGAUCAUUGCUUGGACUCUCAUCAACCUAUCGUAUGCCUCCAAGCAAAUGGAGCUGUAUGGUUAUGUCACCAACUCAAUGAUCCUUGUCAAUGUGCUCCAGGCUGUCUACGUGCUGGACUUCUUCUGGAAUGAAGCGUGGUACUUGAAGACCAUUGACAUAUGCCAUGACCACUUUGGCUGGUACCUUGGCUGGGGAGACUGUGUGUGGCUGCCAUUCCUUUACACCUUACAGGGACUUUACCUGGUCUACAACCCCAUCCAGCUCACCAUACCUCAAGCUACAGGUGUACUUAUCCUGGGCCUUGCGGGUUACUACAUCUUCCGUUCUACCAACCACCAGAAGGACUUCUUCCGCCGUAACGAAGGAAACUGCCUCAUCUGGGGUCAAAAACCCACAUUCAUCGAGUGCAAGUACCACUCCUCUGAUGGCAAAACCCAUAAAAGCAAGCUGCUGACGUCAGGCUUUUGGGGUCUGGCACGCCACUUCAACUACACUGGUGACCUGAUGGGUUGCCUGGCCUAUUGUGCUGCUUGUGGAGGGACACACCUAUUGCCCUACUUCUACUUCGUAUACAUGACCAUCCUGCUGGUCCACCGCUGUGUGCGAGACGAGCACCGCUGCGGCUGCAAAUAUGGUGAUGACUGGAAGCGUUACACAGAUGCCGUGCCCAACCGGCUCAUACCUGGAAUAUUCUAGAGGGUAGCAGAGAUUGUGGGGUUGAGGAUGGGGUUGAAUGAUAACCCAUGCAAGAAUUGACAUACUGCCAGAGUCUCUCAAAUGUAAUUCCGACACGAGGAACAAAAUAAAAACAAUGAACAACAAUAAGUGAAGAGACAUCUCCAUCCCGCCUUUGACCUUCCUCAUCAUUCUUUGUGAGAUGUUCAAAUAACAAUGUAGGUACAGUAUAUAUGUGAGCUAAAUAAAUCAUCUUUUUACCUUGGAA